UGCUUACAGGCUGGCCGCAGAGACGCAUGCGCACAUCGUCAGAGAGGCGGUCAUUGCUUCUCGUGUGACGUAAGCAGAGGCACCUCCCCGCAGCCCCUUCACCGCCUCUUUGUUGACGGAGCGCAUUGAGGCCGACGGGCCUGUCUGUCUGGCUAGGACGGACUGUUGUGAUUUAAAAAGGGCACCGCGAGCUGGGCCGCCCAAUAGGAGCUUGCGGAGCUUCCAAUAUGGUGAACGCUGCUGAGGAGGAGCCAAAGAGGCGAUCAGCACGACUGUCGGCGAAACCUGUAGUUGCCAAAGUUGAAACAAAGCCAAAAAAGCCAGUUUCAAAGGAUAAGUCUGAGGAAAAGAAAGGCCACACUAAAGGGAAGAAGGGACCAAAAGGAAAACAAACUGAGGAGAUUAAGGAAGAGGAAGUAAAGGAUAGCUUGCCAGCAGAAAAUGGAGAAGCAAAGAAUGAUGAUGUCCCAGUAGCUGAUGCAGCAGGAGAGAAGGAAACAAAAUCUGAAUAAUGUCUUUGUACAAAGUCUUUAAUCAGUGGUUCCUGUACCACCAUCUUGUACAAUUCAGAGGAAUAUUUUUAUCAACUAUUUUGUAAAUGCAAGUUUUUUAGUGGUUUUAGAAUAAACAUUUUUUAAACAUGAGGGAUUUCCCCUAUAUCCCAUUUAACAUAGCUGAGUAUAAAUGUUUCCUUUUAAAAGGUGAAAAUCAUGCUCUGGUUGUCUAUUCUCGGUACAACCAACAAUCAAUGGAAUGUUCUAUUAAGAAGUGUCCAGAUCUUAAUUACAGUGUAGUCCUAUGCAUAUUUACUUAGAAGCAAGGCCCACUGAUUUCAGUGGCACUUACUCUUUAGCAAGUGUGCGCUGGAUUCUAGCAUUAACAUUCCACAGGCCAGGGUGGGCAGUUUGCAGUACACAUUAGGCCCAUGAAAUUAUCUUUAUGCAGAAGUUUAAUCACUGAAUUUAGCUUCAUUUCUUUAAAUUUCUAGCUGGUGCACUUGCAGUUUGGUUGAAAUUUGCAGUUUGCUUAUUGUGGGCCGGUAUGGACCUCAGAAAAAGACAAGUUAUUCACCCUUUCUGGAGACUGGGGGAUGGUUUUAUGAAUUGUUAACAGAAGUAUAGCACAGAAAAAAUGUUGACGUGAUAAAUAAGAAAAUGUUUUCACAUUUAUCUUCCCAAUUUGUCAUCUGUAGACCACUUCUUCAAAGAUAAUUGUUCCCUGGUGUUGGAUCUCCUUUCCAGAUUUGUUUUAUCUGUGAAAGAGUUAUUUUUGGUAGUGGUAGUUUUAUUUUUUCAACAGCUUUGUAAUGUGUUGUGGAAGAUUGGAAAUAUGGGUGUGUAGUGUGUGUGUGUGUAUGGUCAGUUACUGAGUAGACAGUUUUUCUGGUUAAGCAGACAUAACUUCACAAGACAGUAUUUGAGACACUGGUACUUUUCUACUUUGAAUUAAUAGACUGUCAAGAAAGUUGUAAUGUAAAAGUUGAAUGUAAACCAUGGCAGAUUACCAUGGUUUACAUUCAAUUAUUGGACAAGAGAUCUCUACAAAUAAUGUCUGUGAUUCAUCCAAGACGUUUCAAUAAAAUAUUGGUUAUAAAUGUU